CUUACCGCCCUCUUUUUGCCGUGAGGUACAGAACUCCAUACGGCGUUGUCUCGUGCUCUCCCACUAAACUCGUUACGCAGGGAAAGUGGUCACGAUGUCCGGAGGUCUAGAUGUCCUUCAAAUGAAGGAGGAGGAUGUGCUGAAGUUCCUGGCCGCAGGAACCCAUCUUGGAGGUACCAACCUGGACUUCCAGAUGGAGCAGUACGUCUACAAGAGAAAGAGUGACGGCGUGUACAUUAUCAAUCUUAAGAAGACCUGGGAGAAGCUGCUGCUGGCUGCUCGUGCUAUUGUUGCCAUUGAGAAUCCAGCUGAUGUUUGCGUCAUCUCCUCCAGGAACACUGGCCAGAGGGCAGUGUUGAAAUAUGCCUCUGCUACUGGAGCCACAACCUUUGCUGGUCGCUUCACCCCCGGAACCUUCACCAAUCAGAUCCAGGCUGCUUUCCGGGAGCCCCGCCUUCUCAUCGUCACGGACCCCCGUGCCGAUCACCAGCCCCUGACUGAGGCCUCAUACGUCAACAUUCCCACCAUUGCCCUCUGCAACACCGACUCUCCCCUCAGAUACGUGGAUAUUGCCAUCCCAUGCAACAACAAGGGACACCACUCUGUGGGUCUGAUGUGGUGGAUGCUGGCCAGGGAGGUGCUGAGGAUGAGGGGCACCAUCUCCAGGGAGCACCCCUGGGAGGUCAUGCCUGAUCUGUACUUCUACAGAGAUCCUGAGGAGAUUGAGAAGGAGGAGCAGGCCGCUGCCGAGAAGGCCGUUGGUAAGGAGGAGUUCCAGGGCGAGUGGACCGCUCCCGUGGCCGACUUCGCCCAGCCUGAGGUGGCUGACUGGUCUGAGGGAGUGCAGGUGCCCUCUGUUCCUAUCCAGCAGUUCCCCGCUGGCAUCGAUGCUGCUCCCCCCAAGGCUGCUCCAACAACCGAAGUCUAUUCUGAGGACUGGAGCGCCCAGCCAGCCACAGAUGACUGGUCAGCUGCCCCAACAGCACAGACUGGAGACUGGGGUGGUUCCAGCGCCGACUGGUCCUAAACAGUGUAUGAAAACCCAGAGUCUUGUGCAUUGCUAUGGAGUCAAUAAAACUUGGCUGAUUGUUUAA